UGUGUGUGUGUGUGUGUGUUUGUGUGUGAGCAUGCACACAUACAUACAUAUGCAAAAAUGAUAUGUAAAUAAAGGGUAAAGGUGUUUCAGUUACAAGUAGGAGACCUACUUAAAACCCAGGAAGGACGCAGAGGAGGAGGACAGACAGGGAAAAGUACUGCCUAUGCCUCAUGAGUAAAUACACUUACUUAUAUCAUCCCCACUUAUGAUCAGGGAAGUCAGUUGAUAGAAAGAAGAAUGUGUGAGUGAGUGACGUCACAUAUUCUGGUGUGAGGGCAGGCUGUGAAGAAAAAACAUCUUCAGUGUGUAUUCAGCCAUCCAUCCCUCAUCUUCUGACUGUAGUACGUGUUAGUGUAUUGUGACUCUCAAUAUCGGACACACACGCACGAGUUUAUCAGGAGAGACACUUGUGAAAAUGGAUAACAACGAAGACGACGACUUCGACUCACUCCUCUCGACCAUCGGAUUCGGACGAUGGCAGAGUCCAACGCUGGCGGCCGUGAUUCUCGUGGCGAUGCAAUAUCCCAUUCACCUUGUGGGUUCUCCGCUACUGAGUGCUCCCCUGCCCUAUCGCUGCUCUCACCCGGAUAAUGCUUCUGCAACACCAGUAAUCGGCUCAUCCUACUUCAACGACCACUGCUUACCAUUCCCCGAUGACCAUGGUAAAGAGGCUACUACAGAGGGCGCUCCUGUCAACAGUACGGUCCUGGAACUUCCGCUUUCUACCGAACGCCAUCUAACGUCCAUGAAAUCGUGCCCAGUGAUAGAAUAUAACACGUCGAUAUUUACGUCAACUGUUAUCUCAGAAUGGCACCUGGUGUGUGAGAACAAGCACUUGCAGCCGCUCUUCCAGAUGAUGUACAACAUUGGAGGGAUCUUCGGAAGCUUUGCGGGUGGACACGUUGGCGAUAAAUGGGGUCGGCGUCGAUCUCUGCAGAUUGGAAUCGUGUCUUACAUCUUGGUAGUCAUAGCCAUGGCUUUUACAUCCUCCUUCCCGUUCUUACUAAUUCUGCGAAUCCUGACCGGCGUGACUGGCCAGAGUAUGUUAAUACCUGCCUGGAGUCAAGCGCUUGAGUCAACACCCUCCCGCCACCGCAGUCUCGUCGGGAUGUUACUUGGCUUCCCCUAUUCCCUGUUCGUCAUCGUGUUCUCGGGCGUAGGCUAUCUCAUCCGCUCCUGGCGAUACCUCAUGCUGGUGUGCUGUGCGCCGUCCCUCGCGCUCCUGCCGCUGUCCUUCAGCUUAAUGGAUGAAUCACCAAGGUGGCUAGUUCAGCAAGGAAGGCAAGACGAUGCCACGAAGGUGUUGAAGAGAGCCGUAAAACUGAACAAGGCCAGCCUCACUUCGUCUCUUGAAUCCACUAUUGCAAAAAUACACCAGGCCUCCGACCCCAAGCCUGAGGGUGAGACUUCGUUUUCGGUGAGAGAAUCCCUCCGGCAGGCCAUGGCGUACCUGCGUUCCCCCAUCAUGAGGACGAUUAUCCUCGUCACGCCCCUCCUGUGGUUCCUCCAGAGCUGCCUGUACCUCGCCGUCGCCAUCAACGCCAACAACUUCAACAGUUCGAAUCCUUUCCUCUACGUCUGCCUGAGCGGGGUGAUGGACGGGUCUGCCAUCUUGCUGAUGACUCCUCUCACCACGUUCCUGGGUAGGCGCAUUAUCGUGGGCGUGGGACUCUUCGUGGGCGGCAUCUUCUUCCUGCUCGAUCUUGUCGUGUCUGAGGAAUACUUCUGGCUCAAGAUGACACUGGUCAUGAUAGGAUUCUUCCUCGUGGCUGGUUCGUUCCAGAUGAACUACGUCUACGGACCCGAACUGUUCCCGACCGAAGCCAGGUCGCGUGGCUUUGCCUUCGUCACCCUCAUGGGCGGCACUGGGUUCAUGUGUUCACCGGUUAUCACGUACAACUUGGCUAAACUUGCAUGGUGGGCAGCCCCAGUCACCUUCGGCUGCGCUGCCAUACUGGGAAGCUUCACUCUGCCUCUGCUGCCCGAGACCAGGAACCAGCCUAUGCCCGACACUCUGAAGGACGUGGAAGAAAAAUUAGUGAAGGGAAAGAGAAAAGCUGCAAACACGGAAAAGGAAAUCGGUUCUUGUGAUGAUACCAAAGACAGUGGUGUAUGAUGUAUGAUGUUUUCUUGUAAUGUUUCGAUUAUUUGUUUAUGGGUUAUAUUCAUUGUUACUCAUUAUUUAUAAAGUUUCUUUGCCUCCAGAAUGUCCAAGAUGUAUGCAUAUAUAAUAGGAGUAUCCAAGUAGAUUUAAACAUGUGUGUGUGUGUGUGUGUGU